GCCAUGGAAACUUGCUCGGAGUCUGGGGAUGGAAUGCUAACCGAAGAGCUACUCACAUUCUUUGUCGAGCAAGGGAGACGGGAUUGUUUUGCCGCUUGCCUAUACAUUUGCUACGAUCUUGUAAGAGCCGAUGUGGCCUUGGAGCUGGCAUGGAUGCACAAAAUGCUGGAUUAUGUCGUCCCCUAUAUGAUCCAGUUCAUAAGGGAGUACACAAACAAGGUAGACGAGCUCAUGAAGGACAAGUAUGACUCUCUCCAAGAGCUGCGCUCCAAGUCUAGCGAAGACAAAGAUAUGCUCUCCAAACAGAACUUGUACGCGCAGCUUCUUCCACUGGCACUGCCGGGACCGACCGCUCCCGGAAUGUAUGAAAUCCCGUAUGGAAUGUCUCCGCCGCCACCGCCGCCUUCCACUUCUUUCGCUGGUAUGCCACCGAUGAGCUUCUAACUUGAAACUUCGCCCGAGAGCAUCGAGAGAGGAAUUCCAGACCUCGUUUCCUAGACCCAAGGCCAAGUUAUCCAAAAGAAGAGGUGGUGAUCACUAAGAAUAGAUAGAAUCCGGAGUUUUAAAAUUGUUUCCAGUUUAUAAGCUAGCUGGCCAAGAAAUUAUCAAACUGAACAACUCGACAAAC